UUCUUCACUAUUACAGUCACAUCGCUGUUUCUCUCAGCGUUUCCCCUCGCAGUGUGUUCUCCUCUCCCAGUGCUGUGUAUGCGGGGCUUCAGGAGCAUUUCCACAGCACUGCUCGAGACGCUGCAGUACCUGCACUGCUCAACUCACCAAGUUCCCAGGCGCAGGACCUCUUAUUAUUAUUAUUAUUAUUAUUAUUAUUUAUUGAACUGCAUCGCUUUCCCUCGUCUAUUUGUUCUGUGCACCUCAAAAUACACCACCAAAGAAGGAGACUGAGCUGAUCCACCCGCCUCAGAGUAUUCAACAGCCUCUUCUCUGUGCAUCGCGAUGAUUCCAAGAUAAUUUGAAAGACCACAGCAAUAUUCCGUGAACCUGUUUGCCAUCCUCACGUCACCUGAUCUUCAGUGCAGCAGUUGAGAGGAAGAUUUCACAACACCAUCUUUGAAUAAAAUGGCUGCCCUUCUGAAAAACUGCUUGUACCUGCUAUUGGCAUUUACUCUACUUCCUCUGAUCUUAAGCAUGCACCCAGACUGUGUCAUCCAACUAGAGAAAGAAAAAUGCAUGGAGAUGAUGGCAUUGGAUGACCCUGGCAGUGACCCUGAAAACGUCUGUCGAUGGAUGUGGGACAAUCUGACAUGCUGGCAGCCAGCGAGAAUAGGUGAUAUGGUGUGGAUGCCCUGCCCUGAGCUUUUUGAGGUUAUGACUGAAAAAAUUGAUGAGUUUGGGAAGGUGAGCCGUAACUGUACUGAGGAUGGCUGGUCAGAGAUGUUCCCUCAUUAUGUGGAUGUGUGUCCUUUUGAUGACAAUCAAACUAGACAAACUAGUCCUAUGGAGAAGUACUAUGUGUCUGUAAAAGCUCUGUACACAGUAGGCUACAGCACGUCUCUGGUGUCUCUCACCACUGCCAUGGUGAUCCUCUGCUGGUUCAGGAAGCUUCACUGCACCAGGAACUUCAUCCACAUGAAUCUCUUUGUGUCUUUCAUCUUGAGAGCCAUUUCAGUUUUUAUUAAAGAUGGCGUUCUGUAUGCUGAGGAGGACAGCAGCCACUGCUUUAUACAUACUGUGGAAUGUAAGGCAGUGAUGGUGUUUUUUCACUACUGUGUUUUGUCAAACUACUUCUGGCUGUUCAUUGAGGGACUCUACCUCUUUACUCUGCUGGUAGAGACCUUCUUCCCUGAGAGGAGAUAUUUCUACUGGUACACCAUCAUCGGCUGGGGAACCCCAACAGUGUGUGUGAUAGUCUGGGCAAUGCUCCGUAUCCAUUUUGAUAACAUUGGAUGUUGGGACAUAAAUACCAAUGCUGCCAUCUGGUGGGUGAUAAAGGGACCCGUGCUUGCUUCCAUCAUGAUCAACUUCAUCCUCUUUAUCGGUAUCAUUAUAAUCCUUGUCCAGAAGUUGCAGUCUCCUGAUAUAGGAGGCAAUGAAUCCAGCAUUUACUUACGCCUUGCUCGCUCCACUCUCCUGCUCAUCCCUCUCUUUGGUAUCCACUACACUGUGUUUGCUUUUACUCCUGAGGAUGUCAGUAAGAGAGAACGGCUCGUGUUUGAACUUGGUCUUGGCUCUUUCCAGGGCUUUGUGGUUGCUGUCCUUUACUGCUUUCUCAAUGGAGAGGUGCAGUCGGAGGUGAAGAGGAAGUGGAGGAGCUGGACGGUGAACCGUUACUUUGCGGUGGACAUGAAGCACAGGCACCCAUCCUUGGCUAGCAGUGGCGUAAAUGGAGGCACUCAGCUCUCCAUCCUCAGCAAAAGCAGUUCACAGAUCCGCAUGUCUAGCCUGCAGGCUGAGACUCCAGCCACAUGAGCUGCAGUCUCUCAGAUCCGCAGACACGCACUGAACUUCUCACACCUAGCGCUAUAGUAGUCCAGUGUCACCUCAGAGACUUGUAUGAGCUUGCAUUGUGUGGGGCAAACUGAUGCUGGGGGCCAUCCAUCAGAGCAAUCUGCUCCUGAACACACAAGAAUUCAACACCUUUAACGAUCACAUGGUCAAGGAGACAAAUAUUUGGCUCAUCCUUUAUAUAAAUGAUGGAAUUUCUAUAGCCAUGACAAUCUCAUUGGCAUUGUCAUGCCAAAUGAAAGAAAUAUUUUUCAUCUGUUCAUGGUGAUGAUCUUGAACACAAAGGCUAAAUAUCGAUGACCUGCCAUAGAACUCUUGCCCAUAUUGAUGAUCCAGAAAAUGUGAACGGUUCCCUUGGCCAGAUAGAAAUGGUUUUAUCCAUUAGCUUAGAAAAAAUACUUGGAUGAUACAAAGGGAAACACACUGACAUGACCUUCUGUAGAUGAUUAUCACAUCAAUCUUUAAAGGGAACCACGACUAUGAAGACUUGCAUGGCUCAUUAGAUUAACGUUGACAUCCGCUAUAUAUAUUUGAUAUACAAAAACACUCUAAAUGUCAGUUUAAAAAAACAAAACCUUUCACUUAUAGGCCGCCAUUGCUGUUUACGUCGCAAUGCAUUCUGGGUAGUGACGUCAAAUGGUUGCAGUGGUCUUCAUUCUCCACUGACCCUACAGCUCUAUAAACAUGUCUUCCAUUCAGCCUUUUCAAUUUGAACCUGAGAGUUGCAUAAACAAGGAGGCUAACAUAGAAGACAUUACUCAAAAUGUACAUCAAAAUGAAGACGAUCAGAGAGGUGAGGCGGUGAGAGUGGGGCAAAAUCCAUGGUGUCUGUGCAGCAACUGCACGUCUAUGCCAACCGAUAGUGAGAGUGUUUUUGUAAAGAGCUCCCCCUUCUGUCAGCAACUGUUCAAGGUAAGCAUAUGGAUUAAACUAUCGUUUUAUGAUAAAAUGUAUUCUAAUAUCAAUAAUUUUAGAGAUUAUGAGCCAUCACCAUCGUAUACGUUAUCCUGUUAAAAUUCCGCCGGCCCGCCUGCGUGUCAUGGCCAUGUUAUGAGCAAAUCUAUGCUAUGUACACAGCGAUAUACCUUUGUAAAUCUAAGAUUCUUGUGAUUCGAUUGAUAUAAACUGUUUCCAGAUACAAUCACAACAGCAGCUACAAUGAACGUCUCUGCCAGACCACCAACAUACAAACAAACACUUAUGAAACGGCGGCAACUCACCUAUGAAGUCUCAUAGCAGUCCAGUGAUCCAUAACGUUGUGACAAAAACAGUCUUAUUACACUGGCAAAGGUCCAAACACUCAAAUUAUGUAAAAAUAUUUAGUCCAGAAUAUACAGAAAAACGCACUAACAAGAUGCUUACGGGUUUGAUUAUAUUUACAGAUCACAGCACACAAGACCUAGAAAACCACAGCCAAAAGCAGCACAGUGUGGCAUUCUUUUCCUGCUGCGGGGGCUAGGAGCUAAUUCUUUUGAGUGCUCAAGUGCAACCAUUUUACAUCAUCGACUCAGAGUGCAUUGCGAAUGUAACGCAAUGGCGGCCUCCGUAGGUUAAAAUAUGUAUUAAAUAUUAAGGAUUUUAAAAAGAAUUAAAAUAUUUAACGUGUUUCUAACAAUGUAUUAUAGAAGAAGAGGGCAAUUAUUGCGUGUUAAGGCCUACAAGUCUUCAUAGUCAGGGUUCCUUUUAAGUAAAAGGAUAUUUCAAUACUGAAAUGUUAACACUAAUUUUUUUAAAUUUAAUAUAGUAGAAUAAUAACCAGUAAAAGAGCUACUAAUCUGCCAAAUGUAUUUUAUUUAGAAAUUGUUCAGAGUUUUCCUGAACCUCUUUCUCCAUGUUCUGGAAAAUAUGAUCUUGGACUUGCUCGAAACCAUGCUGUGGUGUCCCUGCCAGGGUGAAUAUUUAUUAUAUUGUAUUUCAGUAAUGGAAAGUAAGGAUUAAAUCUGUGGAAUUUUUUUUUUAAACGAAUAGAAGCUUUUUUCCAACUGGAGUUUGACUAUCAGUUUAGAACUGUGAAUGUACAUGGUUAGUCAAUCUGGGACCAUUUUUGUUAACUGAAUAGUUGGGUAAAAACAUUGACCUCUUAUUAUUUUAGAUGAACAAACGCAAAACUAAUACCUACUAAACUAAUACAUCAUGUACUUUAAAUAGUAGAGUUGUGAUUUUGACUGGAUGCCUUUUUUUGGUCUUUUUAGGAAUUUUCUAAACAGCCGUUAGUACUGAAAAUGUCACUAAUGCGAACAACAAGCAAAGCACCUCAUGAUUUUGUAUAACUUGUUUAGCUCAUUCUUGUUGUUUGCAUGAUUUUUUUUGUUAAUGCUUCAUUACUAAGAUCAUUAUAUUGUAAAUAUAUAGUCUUAUGAAAAGUCAACAGCUUCAUAAAUACAAAGUGGCUAUUUUGGGCAUAUUUUAGUAACACUCUUUUUAAUAGUAAUAUCAUAUUAAUAUCUGAUUUGGUUGUUGGUUUUUGGACCUAAUACCACAAUAGAAUACUUUAUGAUUUUACCCAAAUAGAAAGCAAAAUCAGUGUAUCACACGGCACUUUGGUACUCCAAAGAUCAACAUUUGACUUUACACAGCUGGUAUUGCCGUACUUGUUUGCAAAGGCUGUGGAAGCUUUGCAGCUGAUGUCAAUUCAGAUCUCCUCAAAUGGGGAUACUGAGAAAGAUAUUCUUUAACAGUGUUGCUCAGAACGUUUAUCAUGAAAGUGCCUUUUUGCACAAACGCUGGGUAAGAAUAGAACAGUUUAAAAGAUAGAUAAGAUAAUUCAAUAUUAUUCAACUGCAAAUGCAUGAAGCUGUGUGGCUCUGGCGAACUGCUUUUAUUGUACAUAACUAUGUCUGUGUUAAAAACCAAGAGGCCUUCAGAAAACGCGAUUCUGAUUUUGUUUCUCAGCCUUCAGUUAGACAUUUGACCUCUUCAGAUAUUUCCUUUGUAAAUAAUUUUGAGAACCUUGUUUUUAUUUGAAUUGUAGCUGUCGCUGAUAUUUCCAAAUUGAAUCACAACAUUAAAAAAAUGUUUUUUUUUCCUUUUAUAUUAUUAGACAUAACUAUAUUUCACCCUCGUGUAUUACAGUAUGUUCAGCCUUGUUUUUUCACUUUGUUCAAUGACAGUGCAAUGCCUUGUAUGCAAACAGAAACUGCAGAAAGACAGAAUGUGUGUUUAAACAGGAGAUGAAACAAACAAAGUCCACAUUUAAUUUUUUUUUUUAAUUAAUUUUUUUUUUUUUUUUUUUUAGAAAAUUGCUAUUUACAUAUUUCUGUGUAAAGUUACAAUAUAAAAGAAUACUUUGCUCUGGUUCUGUCAGCAUUAGUAAAGCAUACUGUAGAUGUGUUGGAAAUAUAUUUUAGUUCAGCACAUUGCAGCCUAACAUAUACUGUAUGUUAGAAAGCAAAAUACAACGCAUGUGUUGUCUUAAAAAGGCAACUGAUACUAGUUGUAAGAGGAUUAGUCAAAUCUUGUGGUGUUGUACAUGACUAAGACACUAAGUGUAGUCUCUGUGGCCUUUUCAGAACUGAAUACAGCUUCAUAUAUAUCCAUCACUAUCCAUAAAACUCUUUUUCCAGCAGUUUCCAAACAACCUAGCGGAUGUAUCUGGAUCAGAUCAGUGCCAAAAUGUAUGUCAUUGUGGAUCAGUCACAACAGGUUACAGUACAUAUUAAGCAAUAUGCUAUUCUAUUUUAAGGGCAAGUCUCAUUAGCUAUGUUAUGUUUUGAUAUGAGGUUGUGCCACAGGUAACUAACUAUUUACUCUUGGUGUUAUUGUGCAAAAUAACAACAUUGUUCUAUUAAUACAUAUGAACCUACUGUUCUAGAAAAGUAGUUAUAGCAUCAGUGUUGAUGAGAAGUGUACCGUAGUGGACAUGCUCUCUGAUUAUGAAACUUGCUGAAUUGUUGCAUCUGUACCAUGCAGUAUUGAGUAUUAUGCUUCUGGAGCUGUAUCUAAUAUGUGUUCAACAUGGGUAGUUAGUUUGAUUUUUUUUUUUUCUGUGAAUUUUUUGAAGAUGGCGUUUGUUAGGUAUAGCCUGCAUUAUUGUAAUCGUGAAACAGAUGCAUGUAUAUUCUGUGGUUUGAUGGUUUCUUCUCAAACUGGGUGUGUUGAUGUUUAACCAAAUGUGUUAGCUGAAAAUGCAGCUGCCACAUUCAAAUUCGCAAGAAAUAGUGUUUAGUUGGAUAUGACUGCAAAGAGUUCUUUUCAUAGCACUGAUGUCUGUUUUUAUGAGCAUGACGAUGCCAUACACUGCUUCAAUUAUUCAGGCAGUAACUUACCUUUUCAUUGCAAAAUCUCUGUUAGCUCUGUUGCCUUUUGUCUGCACGCAUAAUUGCAGGAUUCACUUACAUUUACACUCACAGUAGUAUUUCACUAAUUAUUGAGCAAUAGGAUUGAAUCUCCAUUACUAAGUGAUGAAGCAGACUGCUAAUUAUAUGAUAACAGAUGUAUUAUGUGUGAAGACAUUUCAAAUCUACUUUUAUAUUCCACAAUACCAGCCUAAUUAAACAUGGAAGGUUGAUAACAGAAACCUGUAAAAUAAGAGCCAAUACUGAAAAUACUGUAUCAUCGAAAAAAUGUCAUAAUUUCUUUUUUCCCGUUUUAAUUGAACAUUAACAGUACAGCACACAUAAGCUACAGUAAAACAGUUCAUGUCUAUUAUUGGAAUGCAGAAAUAAUUCCUGAAUGAGCUAAGACAGCAAUUUUUAUGACAACAAUGACUGACCAAUAAUUACUGAGUGUGAAUGCAUGACAAACCCACAGUUGAUAUUCAUGUUGCUUUUGUGAUGGAAAGCUUGCUUAUUAUUAUUUUUUAUUUCAUCUUAUGUCACAUUUCCUGUAUAAUGUCCUUUAGUUCUCUUAUGUUAGACUUUUUGUAAAUUAUGACUUUUAAAUUGCAUUAAAUGUCUCUAAAACUGC